GGCUGCUGCCCCUGCAGGAGCCAGCAGCCAGCCUCUGCCCGCUCGCUGCCCAGGGGUGUUACCCCGGGGGCUUUCCAGGGCUCACAUCUUCCUAAUUCUCUUUCCCUGGGAGGGGCUGGAGCCCUGCACCCAGCCACGCGUUGCUGCCAGAAAAACUACAAAUACGGAAGGAAGAAGUGCAAAGGUCAGAAGAACAAGAUGUUGGUGCUGUCUAACGACACAGCCCUGAAUUCACUCCUCUCCAAGCUGCUUCAAGACUACAUGCAGCAGACGAAUAGCUCUGCACCUUCCCAGGUCAAAAGUGCCAGCAGCAACCUGGAAAUCAUCUAUGUGCUUCUGAUAGUCGGCCUCUUUGGCUUCUUCACAGUGGGAGUCAUGCUCACCAACAUCCGCGCCAGGAGGCUGGAGGAAUCCCGUGACCCCUACAACACCUACAUUGCCACAGACAUUUGGCACAAGAAGGACAGGGAGUAUUUUCAAGCCAAGCUCAUAGAAAAUUACAAGCUGUGCUGUGUCUUUGAAAAUCAGCUGGCCGUGGAGCAGCCGAGCAUGCAGAUUCCCGAGGCGAAGUCUUCCUAGCAAAACGGGAGAAAGGAUUGUACUUUGCACAGAGACAACCCGAACGAUACCUGGUAUGAACCAGGCUAGCUGCUUGACCAUCUGCAGAGCCGCAGGUGAUGGCCUUGGUCAGGCUGAAUAACCAUGAACUGACGGUGAAGCUGAAGGGUCUGUGAUGGCCCCGGUGCUGCAGAAGUGCCCAGCCACCAGUACCUUGUCGCAAUCACUGCAAGGUCAAGGAGGGGGAGACACUGCGGGAGCAUCAUGGACUCCUCAGCUUCACCUAGCGAUAAAAGCAAAUGUUGGCAUUGCCAGUGUGAACGCUUGCAGUAGUCCAUGUAAUUAAAACCAAAUUGGAUCAAACACAAGCUACAGGCAUUAACAGCCAAGUAUGGUUUAGGCAAUCAUUUUCAAGUAAGACCAGUUUCUUCCAAGAAAAAGUAGCUGAAAUAUUUCAUUUGCAUUUUUGCCCAGCAUAGAAUAACAAUUUUUAAAAUUGUACAGGGCUGUGGAUGACCUAUUUCUUUCAGAAUCAUGCAGCUCUUUGAGAUAAAAUUUUAGAAAAAGAUUCCUACUUUUUUUGCUGAAAACCAUUUCUGUAGAAAAAUGCAGACUUUGGAGGGAAAUGUUUUAGUGUCUGUCCCUAAUUCCUAACAGGUAUCCUAGACCGGUCUUGCCAGCUACUUUUGGUCUUCAUUCUCAUGGAUGGGGAUUCAUCCUGGCAGCAAUUUCCACCCUUGUACAAAGACUCAGCAGCCCACAGGGUCUAUGCCAUGCAAGUGUGUAGUGUUUCAAGAGUUUCAAUCUCAUUUAAUUAUUGCCCUUAUUGACCUAAGUGCUAGCCCUUGGUUGGAAAGUGAAUUGCCACUCUAUGAAGAGCAGUUCCACAAAGCCUCUGAUGUUUAAUCACCCACGCAGCUUGUGUCUGUGCUUAACUUAAAUCCUGUGAGCUCCCUGGAGCAGCCUCCCUCGGUACAGCUCUUUAUCUGUCACAGUACCCAACACGAGGUGGGUGCCAGCAAGGUUUUCCUACCCUUGUCCUCCUUACCCGCUCCUUCGGCCAGCUCUGUCUGCUGAGCCACGGGGGGGAGGCGGGAGCCGAACUCGGCUUCUCCGGCAGCAGCGAUCAGCUGCCUCUAUUGAAAGAGAGAAAUAUGGCUCCCCAGGACAUUGUGUUACUUAGAAUAGCAACCUCACCAUCUUGAAGCCUGUUUUCUUGUUUGGGAUCAAAGAAGCAUUAGGCUGGGCAGGAGGGUUUUUUUAUUUCUGCUCUGCAGAGGCACAUCCCAUUUUUAGCUGCUGGAGAGGAAAGAGAAGCGGGAAAGGCUUGAAAGAAAGUCGUGCGGAGCAGCCACUUCAAAGGCAAGGCGAGGGCAGAGCCGGGGCAGAUGGCUACCCACCUAUUUGGAGGGGCAAGCGAUACACAUCGCAGCACAUCCCCUUUCCAUGCAUAGGUACUUCUUUAGCACUGCACUUUGAUUAAAGUGAUAUUCUAGCCAUGUUUGUAUUCCCAUUUUUUAAAGAUAUUUAUAUGGUGUCCACCAUUAAGCUGAGGACAAGAUACAUAUUUUCAGUGUCUUGAACAGCUUGGAAAAAUCCCCAUCAGCUUAAUUAUCUGAGUCACUUUUUCCUCUAGAGGAAUGUAAACUAAAGCCAGGCUUUGGAAAAAUGUUGAUUUCUCAGCUUGGGCACUGCUCUUUUGGGAUCUCACCCUGCAGUCUGUUCAUUGCUUGCAUUUCCCGCCUGCUGUGAGAGUGCAAAUGCUCUUGCUUGCUGGUUCUCCAGAGGCAAGCAUUGCUGAUAAUGUUUAAACUUGCAUGAAAGAUGGCCUUUAAUUACAGUAAAACCUUCAAACAUUAAGCUUGUCGAAAGGGCUCCCUCCUGCAGCUCCCCCUCCACCCCAAUUUUAUUUUUUUUCAGGUAUUUUGGGUCUAGGCACUUGCUGGUCACCUUCUUUUGAUAGCCUCAACGUAGGUCUUUGACAAGGGUGAUUGUCAGCGUUAGAUGGCUUCCACUUUUUUUUUUUCCUGAGCUCUGCCAUUUUAUUUAUUUAAAAAAGAGGGGAAUAAAUGUGCCUUAGUCAUAACGCUUUCCUGUGCCACCACGCUACAAAUCACCCUUCAGCGGCAGUUGUGGACUCCCACUGUGGCCUUUCACGCUACCUUUCAGUCUUGUAGUUCUCCUUUUUCCCCUGUUUUUUCACUUGUA